AUGUCGAGCUUGGCGGUGAGAGACCCGGCAAUGGAUCGAUCACUGCGUUCCGUGUUCGUGGGGAACAUUCCGUAUGAGGCGACUGAGGAGCAGUUAAAGGACAUUUUCUCUGAGGUUGGUUCUGUUGUCAGCUUCCGGCUGGUAUACGAUAGAGAGACGGGGAAACCCAAAGGUUAUGGCUUCUGCGAGUAUCAAGACCAGGAAACCGCGCUCAGUGCCAUGCGGAACCUGAAUGGGCGGGAGUUCAGCGGGCGAGCGCUUCGCGUGGACAAUGCUGCCAGUGAGAAAAAUAAGGAGGAGCUCAAGAGCCUGGGGCCUGCAGCGCCCAUCAUUGACUCACCCUAUGGGGACCCCAUUGAUCCUGAAGAUGCCCCUGAAUCAAUAACCAGAGCAGUCGCCAGCCUCCCACCAGAGCAGAUGUUUGAGUUGAUGAAGCAGAUGAAGCUCUGUGUUCAAAAUAGUCACCAGGAAGCUCGAAAUAUGUUACUGCAAAAUCCGCAGUUGGCAUAUGCGCUGUUGCAAGCACAAGUAGUGAUGAGAAUCAUGGAUCCAGAGAUUGCCCUGAAAAUUCUACAUCGCAAGAUACACGUCACGCCGCUUAUUCCUGGCAAAUCUCAGGCUGUCUCUGGCCCUGUCUCUGGCCCCGUCACCGGUCCCGUGUCUGGCCCUGCCACUGGCCCUGGCCCUGGCCCCGGGCUCUGUCCUGGACCUAAUGUUCUGCUUAACCAGCAGAAUCCUCCGGCCCCUCAGCCGCAGCAUUUGGCUAGAAGACCUGUGAAAGACAUCCCUCCUCUGAUGCAGACGCCUAUCCAGGGUGGAAUUCCAGCUCCAGGGCCAAUCCCAACGCCUAUUGCUGGACCUGGUCCUGGUUCCUUAACUCCUGGAGGAGGAAUGCAGCCUCAAGUUGGAAUGCCAGGAGUUGGUCCAGUGCCUUUAGAGCGGGGACAAGUGCAAAUGGCAGAUCCCAGAGCACCUAUACCUCGUGGACCCAUGACUGCUGCUGGCUUACCUCCUCGAGGACUACUAGGAGAUGCUCCAAAUGACCCACGUGGAGGGACUUUGCUUUCAGUCACUGGAGAAGUAGAGCCCAGAGGUUAUCUGGGCCCACCACAUCAGGGUCCUCCCAUGCACCAUGCUGCCUCUGGUCAUGACAGCCGUGGGCCCUCCUCACAUGAGAUGAGGCCUGGCCCAAUAGCAGACCCCAGAAUGCUAAUAGGAGAGCACAGAGGACCCAUGAUGGACCAAAGGGGUCUACCCAUGGAUGGCAGAAGUAGUAGAGAUUCUCGAGGGAUGGAGACUCGAGGCAUGGAAACUGAGGUCUUAGAAGCCAGAGUAAUGGAAAGAAGAGGAAUGGAGACCUGUGCAAUGGAAACCAGAGGGAUGGAGCCUAGAGGCAUGGAUGCAAGAGGAAUGGAGAUAAGGGGCCCUGGCCCCAGUUCUAGAGGUCCUAUGACUAGUGGGCUACAGGGCCCUGGUUCAAUUAAUAUGGGGGCAGGUGGACCUCAGGGACCCAGACCAGUCCCAAGCAUUUCAGGGGUAGGGAAUCCUGGAGCUGGCAUGCAGGGAUCAGGAAUACAAGGUGGAGGCAUGCAGGGGGCUGGAAUGCAAGGAGGAGGCAUGCAGGGAGCUGGAAUACAAGGAGGAGGCAUGCAGGGGGCUGGAAUACAAGGAGGAGGCAUGCAGGGGGCUGGCAAGCAAGGUGGAGGCCAGCCUAGCAGUUUUAGCCCUGGGCAGAGCCAAGUAACUCCACAGGAUCAAGAAAAAGCAGCUUUGAUCAUGCAGGUUCUUCAGCUGACUGCAGAUCAGAUUGCCAUGCUACCUCCUGAGCAAAGGCAGAGCAUCCUGAUUUUAAAGGAACAAAUCCAGAAAUCCACUGGAGCUUCUUGA